AGCUUUUUAGCGGUCUGGUUUCUCAACAUACGUUCUCUACUUUCUCUUUCUCUCCCUCAUGUCCACCAAUUCAACCACUCCUCCACCCGAGAUUGACCCCAACGACCCUCUGGCCCUCUAUUCACGCGCCCUGCACGAGUACACCCUUCGUCUCUGGGCGGAAUCCAGAAGAGCUGCUGAGCAACAGACCUCCCGCGCUCAACCACCCACUACGACUAGUGGUGGCCACCACCACCAACAACCCCAGGGCGAGAGCAAGUCGUCGAGCUCAACAAACACGCAAGGAGAACCCUGACGAUUUUCCCGAUCGAUUGUCCUCGACCACACUGCGCUCAGUUUAGGAGGUCCAAGUGGAGUCGCCUUCGCUCGUCUCACUUCUGGUCGACGACUCUUGAAGCCUCGCGAAUCAUCCACGGAAAAUUCAUCCAUCUCAUAAAUCAACGUUACACGUUCUAACAUCACACUCUUUCUCAAACUCGAUGCAAGGCCAACCACGACAUCCUUUUCCCCCUUCCCUGGCGGCUGCCCGCUCUGAAUAUAUGUUUUCUUCUCUCUCAUUAUAAUCCCGUUAUCAUGUAUCUUUGGGUUCACGAGGUGGAAAUGGGUUCAUCAUGUUGUAUUAUAGAUAUCGAUUGUACCUGACCUCUGUC